UAACAAAAUAUUGUCAAAAAACCAAAACCUUCCCAGGAUCGAGUCACGAAGCAAUCUCAAAAGAAAAAAAGAUUUGAAAGUUGCGGAGUAUCGUGAUCAUAGCCACUUCCGUAGCAGUUUGAGUUUUCCAAAUUCCAUCAGAUAAUUUCGGAUCAAACUACAGCAACUCUACAGCCACAGCUCUGGUAAAUUCAUCUUCUAUUAUGCACUCAGUAGUAGCUACAACUAGUGAAGUAGAUCUCGUCUCAACCAAAUACGCGUUUUCCUCAACCCGAUUUUGGAACUCGAUUAAAAGGGGUUUUCAUAUGACUAUUGCAUCAUUUUUCUAAUGGAAGUCCCCAAAUCCCCUUCCAAAUACAAACGAAUCGCCAAACACAAAUCGCUUAUAAAAUCCGGUUUAGUAAUUUUGGUGAUGCUGCUAUUGUUUCUGGGUUUUUAUCUCGAGUCAGAAACCGGAAAACUCAAUGCGUCGUCGUAUUACACCGUGGUUGUGGAUUGUGGAAGCACUGGGACACGGGUGAAUGUGUAUGAGUGGAUGGUAGGCGUGAAAGGAGCAAGCAAAGGGAACUUGCCAGUGUUGCUGCACUCCUAUCCUGAUAAUACAACCAAGAAGAGUUCACUUUGGAAAGGUUCUUGUCAAUAUCACUGUAUGCAAACUGAACCCGGGUUACACAACUUUGUUAAUGAUUCUUUAGGAGUGAGACAGGCUUUGGAGCCUUUGAUUGUGUGGGCGGAGCAAGUGGUGCCGCGAGAAAUGCGCGGCAGUACUCCUGCUUUUGUCUUGGCUACUGCUGGGUUGAGGGGGCUCGCCUUGGAGGACGCUGAUAGGGUAUUGGGAGAUAUUGAAGCUGUUGUGAAAGGCCAUAGCUUUAUGAUGAGCAAGAGCUGGAUAAGGGUUUUGAGUGGGAAGGAGGAAGCUUAUUAUGGCUGGGUGGCUUUGAACUACAAAAUGGGCACCUUUGAUGAUAACUAUCCCAAGUCUCCCACUUUGGGACUUGUUGAUAUUGGGGGCUCGUCGUUGCAGAUUGUGGCAGAGAUAGAUCUUGCUGUUGAUGAUGUGCAUGUGAUGAAAUCAAGGCUCGGAUCAACGGAGCAUCGGAUUAUGGCAUAUUCAUUGCCUGCGUUUGGCCUAAAUGAAGCGUUUGAUAGGACAGUUCUUAGGCUCAGAAACAAUCAAAGUGAGGAAAGAACUGCCAGUAUCUCUGACCUCAGACAUCCUUGUCUGUUAUCAACUUAUGUACAAAACUAUACAUGCCAUUCUUGCUCUGCAUUGGCUUCCAUUUAUGAGAAAAAACACAGUCAAGACCAUGAAAGUGAGCUUUAUUCUUUACGUCUUACUGGAGAACCUAAUUGGGAGCAAUGCAGAGAACUAGCUAUUGGUGCCGCCAUGAACUCGAGUUCCAAAGUGUCACAUCUGACAGUUAGCAAAAAUUGCCAAGCUAGUUUAUUUUCUGGUACUGGCACUGAUAUACUUAAUUUAACAGCUGUUGCACAACCAGCCAAGUUUCAUGCAUUGUCUGGUUUCUUUUUUGUCUACAAUAAGCUAAAUUUGAGCCCAAGAACCAACUUAACAAUGGUUUGGGAAUCAGGCAAACAAAUAUGUUCAAAUUUAUGGUCUGGUUUGAGCAGUGUUUCUGAUAAUCCAGAUUAUGCUGGACUAUUUUGUUUCCAGGUGGCUUAUAUGGCAUCAUUGAUUGAUUAUGGUCUCUGUCUUGGGGAUGUUGAAAUGGUAUUUGGCCCAGGUGACAUUUCGUGGACUUUAGGAGCUGCAUUAAUUGAAGGGAAUUUUUUGUGGUUAAACAGUACAAGCUACGAAGCCCAUGUUAUUAUUUCAACUUUAAAGAAUGUCAAGGCAACGUGGCGACGUGGUUGUUUUGUGAUUCUUUUGGCUCUCUCCUCUAACAAGAGCUGGAGUAACAGCUGUGUUUGGGCUUCUGGAAGGAGUGAGGGAAAUGGGCCCUUCAGCCCUUACACUCCCCUUCUCCCGCUUCUUGUUACCUUUUCUGUAAACAAAUAUCAGCCUUCAUUUAUGUUAUCCUUUCUCGUGUUAUCUGCAUCUUUGGACGUGUGAAAGAGUGUUAUCAAGGGUUGAAGAUUUGGUGAACAUUGAGUUUAUCAAACGGCAAAGAAAUUUGAUAUAAUCAAAGAUAUUGAUGGAACAAGAGAAACGUUGAUUUAUGGUUUGUUGAAUCAUGGGAUUCCAAACUACAUAUGGAUAUGAUUCUUACAUAUCAAAAGGGUGAUAAUACCUGCAAUGAUUGAGAAGGAAGAUACGGGUUUGGGAGGACAAGAGGCUCAAAUAAAGGAUAUCAUUGAUGGAAAGUAUUCUGUUGAUUUGUUUGAUUGAUGUCAUUGGUGUGGUGGACAAUGUCAACAAGAAACCCCAAACAAAAAAAUAUUGUAUUUGUCUUGAAGGAUUUCAGGCACUGAUAUACUUAAUUUAACAGCUGUUGCACAACCAGCCAAGUUUCAUGCAUUGUCUGGUUUCUUUUUUUUCUACAAUAGGCUAAAUUUGAGCCCAAGAACCAACUUAACAAUGGUUUGGGAGUCAGCCAAACAAAUAUGUUUACAUGUGACAUUUCGUGGACUUUAGGAGCUACAUUAAUUGAAGAGAAAUUUUUGUGGUUAAACAGUACAAGCUACGAAGCCCAUGUUAUUAUUUCAACUUUAAGGAAUUUCAAGGUAACGUCUUCUCUUACUGUACUAUUACUCGUAUUACUUUCAUUGAUUGUUUAUUGUAGUCAAAUUAAGCUACCAAUGCCAAGCAGACGGGAUUCUGCUCCUGGCUCACCUUUGCCAUCCUAUACUCCCUGUAAGACGUCGAUCUAACUAAUAAUAUUUCGGCAUUUUUUGUCAGUCUUUGCAUAAUUCAGUUUUAAAGAAUGACAUGACGUUGAAAAAUGUAUCAGUAAUAAAUAAUGCAUCUGAUUUAGCAAUUGAUACUGGCAUAGUUAAUUAACCAUUAACUAACUAUAAUUAACUAACCAUAACUAACCAACCAUAAUUAACUAAUCAUAAUUAACUAAUCUAGUUAACUAAUAGUAGGUGAGUGUGAAAGGUUUGGACAUUCUCCUUCUAUAUAAUAUCAGACAUUCUCCUUCUAUAUAAUAUCAGACCUUCUCCUGCUUCUUGUUCUUCUUUUUUUACCUUUUCUGUAAACAAAUAUCAGCCUUCAUUUGUGUUAUCUCUUUUCAUGUUAUCUGCAUCUUUGGACGUGUGAAAGGUUAGUCAUCUGUAUGUACUUUUCCUUCUUUGUCCAUUUUUUCGCUUUCUAUGUUCAUCUUUUUCUCCUUUUUGGAGCUCAUCUCUCAACCUUUGGCUUUCUUCGUCUAUUUUGACUUAUUCCUUCCAUUUACAUGUAUAGAACUGAGAAACUUGACUUCUCCUACUUUGUUUAAUCCAAUUCUGUUUUUGUUUAUACAGAUAUCAAUGGUUAAAGAUUUGGUGAACAUUGAGUUUAUCAAGUUACGCAUUUUAUAUAACCCAACUUAAGAUUUUAUUUCGUGUGUGUAUCUUGUGUAUCUUUGUGGGUUUGGCUUCAAGUUUGUAUUUUUAUCUCAUUAAACUGAUUCUUCAACUAUUUCCAUCAUGUAUUAGACGACAAAGAAUUUUGACAAGAUCAAGGAUAUUGAUGGAACAAGAGAAACGUUGACUCUAGUGAGAAUUAUUGAUUUAUGGUUUUUUGAAUCAUGGGAUUCCAAACUACAUAUGGAGAUGAUUCUUACAUAUCAAAAUGAUGAUGAUACCUGCAAUGAUUGAGAAGGAAGAUAUGGGUUUGGGAGGACAAGAGGCUCAAAUAAAGGAUAUCAUUGAUGGAAAGUACUCUGUUGAUUUGUUUGAUUGAUAAAAAAGUAUAUUGUUGAUUUCUUCAAAAGCAUAUAUGUUCUCUUGAUAGAUAUAUUUGUUUAUAAUUAUUUGCUGAUGUAAUUUAUAAUUUUCUACUUUUUAGAUGUCAUUGGUGUGAUGGACAAUAGGUUGGUAAUAUUAUGUAAGUUGUUUAUAUUUUACAUUGCACCU